AUGUCCAAGGCACGCGCUGCCGCCGGAGGCGCAGACCAAAUCGUCAAGCUUCUCGUCGGAGCGGGCCAAGCGAGCCCCAGUCCUCCUGUCGGUCCAGCACUGGGAAGCAAAGGUGUCAAGUCAAUGGAUUUUUGCAAGGAAUUCAACGCAAGGACAGCACAUAUUAUCACGGGCACCCCCACGCCUGUGCGCGUUACUGUCCGACCAGACCGAACCUUUUCUUUCGAUAUCCGGACUCCUCAGACCUCAUGGCUGCUGCUCAACGCCGCCGACGCCCCAGUAGGGCGCAAGGGCAAGAGGAAGGGAACCGGUUUAGCAGGAAAGGAGACUGUAGGCACAGUCAGCCUUAAGCACAUUUACGAGAUCGCCAAAAUCAAGCAGACGGAGACGAGGUUAUCAGGUCAUUCGCUGGAAGGGCUUUGCAAGGCCAUCAUACAUCAGUGCAAGUCUAUUGGCAUAGAGGUUAAGCCUUGA